CCUCGCAACUCCCUCUAAUCCCUAUUUAUCUGAGGAAUUAAAAAAACAAACUGUUUCGAGUUUCGACCAAACAAAACCAAUCCGGAGAGAUAAAGAGAACAGCAAUCAAUCCUAUGAACACUACUAAUAAUAGAGUGUUCUCCAACAACUUCAAUUGGACAUCUCACUACAACUCUCUCUCAAUGGCUUCCAUUCGCUCCGGCCUCAAAGACUGCUUCAACCCCGACACCCUCCGCACCUACCUCGCCGAGUUUCUCUCCACCUUCUUCUUCGUCUUUGCUGCCGCGGGGUCCACCAUGGCCUCCCGGAAAAUGUCGCCUGAGGCGGUGGCGGAUCCGGCGAGCCUGGUGGGGACAGCGGUUGCGAAUGCUUUUGCUUUGACGGUGGCGGUUUACAUUUCGGUUGGUGUCUCCGGCGGCCACGUGAAUCCGGCCGUCACUAUGGCUAGGGCCGUGUGCGGCCACGUCAGCAUCUCCGUGGCCAUCUUUUACUGGACGUCACAACUUCUUGGCUCCGUCAUGGCUUGCCUCGUCUUAAAAGUCACCACUGUUCAACAGCAUGUACCAUUGCUUGAGAUCCCGCAAGAAAUGACGGGAUUCGGGGCAUCAAUACUGGAGGGGGUGAUGACAUUUGCUUUGGUGUACACGGUGUACGCGGCGGGCGACGCGAGAAGGGGUGCCAUUGGCUCGGCGGGCGACGCGAGAAGGGGUGCCAUUGGCUCGGCGGGCCCGCUGGCCAUCGGUCUGAUUGCGGGCGCGAACGUUCUGGCGUCCGGGCCGUUCACGGGCGGAGCGAUGAACCCGGCGUACGCGUUCGGGACCGGAUUGGUCGGUGGAAGCUUCCAGAACCAAGCAGUGUAUUGGAUCGGGCCGUUGGUUGGUGGCGUCGUUGGUGGCGUUAUGUACGACAAGGUGGUGUUCCCGGUUUCUGAAUCGCCCGACUCGAUGAGGGGGUUGACUGAGAAGAGACCCGAGAUUUCUUUUCUAGGGUUUCGAUUUCGCAUCAUCCUCCCGAUAGAUUGCUCUUUGGUCGCAGCAAUGCAUAUCAAGGAGAUAUGCCUGGAAGGUUUCAAAUCCUACGCCACGCGGACGGUGGUUUCAGGGUUCGACCCGUUUUUCAAUGCAAUUACGGGCCUGAACGGGUCUGGCAAGUCCAACAUUCUGGAUUCCAUUUGCUUCGUUCUGGGAAUCACGAAUCUGCAGCAGGUUAGAGCUUCCAAUCUCCAGGAGCUGGUCUACAAGCAAGGCCAAGCCGGAAUCACCAAGGCUACUGUUUCUGUAAUUUUUGACAAUUCCGAUCGUAGUAGGAGUCCUCUGGGGUACGAGGAUUGUCCUGAAAUCACUGUCACUCGCCAGAUUGUCGUUGGUGGGAGGAACAAGUACCUAAUCAAUGGCCACCUAGCGCAACCAAAUCGUGUGCAGAACCUUUUUCACUCCGUGCAACUUAAUGUGAACAACCCCCAUUUUCUUAUAAUGCAAGGUCGCAUUACCAAAGUCCUGAACAUGAAACCUCCUGAAGUGUUGUCCAUGCUCGAAGAGGCUGCAGGGACAAGAAUGUACGAGACUAAGAAAGAGGCUGCGCUUAAAACACUUGAAAAGAAACAGAGCAAGGUUGAUGAGAUUAACAAGCUCCUUGACCAGGAGAUUCUUCCUGCUUUGGAGAAGCUUAGAAAAGAAAGGUUGCAAUAUGGGCAGUGGGCAGACGGGAAUGCAAAACUGGAUAGGCUAAUGAGGUUUUGUAUUGCCUAUGACUAUGUCCAAGCUGAACAGGUUAGGGAUAAUGCGGUUAAGGGCCUGGAAGAAAUCAAAGCUAAGAUUUCUGAGAUCGAUGGUAAUGCAGAUAUGAUGCGUGGAGAGAUAAAGCUACUGGAAAAGAAAUCAUCAGAACUGCAGGCUGAAAAAGAGGCAAACAUGAGCGGAGAAAUGAAAAGUUUGUCCGACAGAGUUGACUGUCUUUCACGUGAUCUGGUGAAGGAAACCUCUGUGUUUAGAAAUAAAGAGGAUAUUCUUGGGACUGAGAAAGAUAAUGCCAAACAGAUGGAGACAAACCUUGAAGAAUUGAAGCGUUUAGCAGAAGAAAAGGCUGCUGCUGUACAAAAUGCUGAGGCUGGAGCAUCUGAUCUAAAGAAAACUGUUCAAAAUUUAUCGAAAAAUCUUGAAGAGCUCGAGAAGGAGCAUGAGGGUGUUCUAGCAGGCAAGAGCAGUGGCAAUGAGGAAAAAUGUCUUGAGGAUCAACUAAGUGAUGCCAAAGUUGCAGUUGGAAAGUCUGAAACAGAGUUGAAACAGUUGCAAACCACAAUAAACCAUUCUGAGAAAGAAUUGAAGGAGAAGAAAACUCAGCUGCUCUCUAAACGUGAUGAAGCUGUUGCAGUUGAGAAUGAGCUCACCACUCGGAAGAAAGAAGUUGAAAACACUAAAAGCACUUUGGAAUCUCUGGGGUACAAUGAGGAACAGAUGGAAGCAUUACAAAAGGAUCGUUUGAUUGAAGUAGAGAUGAUUCAGAAGUUGAAGGAAGAAAUCAGUGUUGUAUCUCCUCAAUUGGCUAACGUUGACUUCACAUACAAUGACCCUGUGAAGAAUUUUGAUAGAGCAAAGGUAAAAGGUGUGGUUGCUAAACUCAUCAAAGUGAAUGAUAGUUCUGCCAUGACUGCCUUAGAGGUUGCUGCUGGUGGAAAGUUGUACAAUGUUGUUGUAGACACAGAAAACACUGGAAAACAGCUUCUUCAAAAUGGUGGUCUUAGGAGACGAGUAACUAUUAUUCCUCUAAACAAAAUUCAAAGCCAUCCUGUCCCUCAAAGAGUUCAAAGUGCUGCAACUAGACUCGUGGGUAAGGGCAAUGCUGAAGUGGCUCUUCUUCUCAUAGGAUAUGAUGAAGAGAUCAAGAGUGCAAUGGAGUAUGUAUUUGGAUCAACCUUUGUUUGCAAAACCCCUGAUGCUGCAAGGGAGGUUGCUUUUAAUAAGGAAAUUGGAACUCCAAGUGUGACACUUGAAGGAGAUAUAUUUCAGCCAAGUGGACUCCUUACUGGUGGUAGCCGAAAGGGUGGUGGUGAAUUGUUGAGGAAGCUUCAUGUUAUGGCUGAGGCUGAAUCCAAACUUUUGUUGCAUCAGGAGCGUCUCUCUGAAAUUGAUGCUAAGAUCAAUGAGCUACGGCCUCUUGAGAAAAAGUUUAAAGAUCUUAAGGCACAAUUGGAACUUAAGUCAUAUGAUCUUUCAUUAUUUCAGAACAGAGCUGAGCAGAAUGAACAUCACAAGCUUGCAGAAUUAGUAAAAAAGAUUGAGCAUGAAAUAGAGGAAUCAAAAUUAGCUUUGAAAGAGAAAGAGCUCCAGUAUGCAAACUGGAUUGAGAAAGUGUCAUCUCUUGAGAAGUCAAUCCAUGACCAUGCUGGUAGUAGAGAGGACAGGCUCAAAGAUCUGGAAAAGAAGAUUAAGACAGUAAAGGGUCAGACUCAAUCAUUGUUGAAGGACCUUAAGGGGCACGAAAAUGAAAGGGAGAAGCUCAUAAUGGAGGUAGACGCUGUCAAACAGGAAUAUGCUGCAGUAGAGAGCCAGUUGACUUCUUUGAAGAAGCAGAUUACUGACCUUACUAUGGGAGUGGAUUCUCAGAAGGCAAAGGUUGUUUCUGUGAAAAAUGACUACGACUUGGCCCAAAAAGAACUGGGCUCAGCACGAUUGAAGAUGAAGGAAUGUGACACACAGAUUUCAAGCAUUCUCAAGCAACAGCAGGAGCUUCAAAGUAAACUUAGUGGGGCUGCUCUUGAGAAGAAGAGAUUGGAGAAUGAGGUAAAACACAAGGAGAUAGAUCAGAAAGACUGGUCACUUAAGGUGGAGAAAUUGCUUGAAAAGCAUGUGUGGAUUGCGUCAGAGAAACAACUUUUUGGGAAAAGCGGAACCGAUUAUGAUUUUUCAGCACAUAAUCCUCGUAAAACCAAAGAUGAAUUUGAAAAGCUACAGGCUGAACAAUCAGGCCUUGAGAAGAGGGUAAAUAAAAAGGUCAUGGCUAUGUUUGAAAAGGCCCAGGAAGAGUACAAUGAUUUGAUAGCUAAGAAGAACAUUAUACAGGAAGAUAAAGAAAAAAUCAAGAAGGUGAUUGAAGAGCUCGACGAGAAGAAGAAAGAAACACUUAAAGUUACUUGGGAAAAGGUUAACAGGGACUUUGGAUCAAUAUUCUCCACACUCUUGCCUGGAACGAAUGCAAAGCUGAAUCCUCCAGAAGGAUGCAGUUUCUUGGACGGCCUGGAGGUGUGUGUAGCAUUUGGAAGUGUUUGGAAACAAUCACUUUCAGAGCUUAGCGGUGGACAGAGAUCUCUACUAGCACUUUCUCUCAUUCUGGCUUUGCUUCUUUUCAAGCCAGCUCCACUGUACAUACUUGAUGAGGUUGAUGCAGCUCUCGAUCUUAGUCACACGCAGAACAUUGGCAGGAUGAUCAAGAGUCACUUUCCACAUUCCCAGUUUAUUGUUGUGUCUUUGAAAGAAGGGAUGUUUACCAAUGCAAACGUGCUUUUCCGAACGAAAUUCGUUGACGGCGUCUCCACUGUGCAGAGGACUGCCGCAGCAAAGGACAAGUAGUGAUGUGAGGGUGAUGUAUGGCAUUCUGUAAGAUCAAAUAGUAGUAGUACUAGUAAUGAUGUAAUUAUUGUGAAAUGAAACUCUUUAGUGAAU